AUGUCCCGUCCACGACUGGGCUCGCGGCGCCGACUCAAGAUACGGAGGCGAAGAGAGCGCCAAGAGGCGGCGAAGCAAAACAAAAAGCAAGCCCAGGCUGCUGCCGAUCCAGCUCAGGCCUCGACCGCUGAAGCUGACACCGAAGCGGCCACCAAUGCUUCUGCUCUUAAUGCCAGAGAUACGACUGGUGAAACAGAGACUCAUCGUUGCAAGCAUCGUCAUCUUCCUGAUCGUCGCUACUACUAUCGCGAGGAAAAGUUUAACCAUCGCUUUGUUGCCCUUGAUCGGCGUCUCAAUGAACGAGUCAAUGAACGACUCGAUGUCAAUAUUGCAAAGGGACGUGCUGCCAUGGACGCAGACUAUCGUUUCCACAAUAAUGUCCUGCACCGUACCAAGGAACGUCUAGCAAGAAAAGAACAGGAAAUUGAGCGGACACUUCGACUGGGCUUGAGGUCCAUGGAACAAGAGGUCAAACGCCUCAAAUGGAAAGUGGACGAGAUACAACAGGAAAACCAGACUCUCCGGGAUGAAAUUGAGCGUGAGCGUCGCUACACUCGUCGCAUGGUGCAAGAGCUAUAUGAGUCUUCGGAUGCUCAAGAGACUGAUCGCUCAGACUGA